AACAGGUAAGUAAAAUAUGUAUUUGAAACCAGACAAAGAAUGUCACACCGGGGUAAUUUAAGUGAGAAAUUUUCUUUAUCGUUUUGUCCAAAUGGUGGUGAUUAAGAAAGAAGAAAAAAACUUAACAUUCAAAUCCAGUACAACAGGCAAGUAUUGGUACCAUAUGAAUAAGACCAAUCUGGUUAAUAAAAUAAUGUUUCUUUAUCUUUUCACCCAAAUAGCAGCGAUUGUUGAUUGCUGAGUCUAGUGAGAGGGUUAUGAGAGAAAUUAAUAAACAAAGUAGUAUUUUGUAAGUAAUUAUUACGAUAAUGAGCAGAAGAACGUGUGAUAAGAUCUCGAUAAUAGAAUAAGAUUAAAAGAAUAUUGCGACACUAUCAUCACGUCUCCUAGAAAAAUGUAUUUAAAUGAAAAAGAAAUGUAAUCACAUCUUAAUUGGUAAUCUAUAAGUGCAUCUAAUUAGUUUCAAAUAGAACAUUAAUAAUGUGGAAAUGGUUUUGUUUUUUGCUGAGUGCAGUAAUUUAUGUUAAUUGUUUAGAAAAAGAUUUCAUAAACUGUAAGUAUUUGGAGAGUUUUUUAUUAUUAAGUUACAAUAGAAUAUUAUACAAGUAUUAUUUAUAACACAAUAAGUUAAAAAAUACCUUAUUUUUAAACUAUUUUCAAACUGGAGUCCCUCGGCAAAAAAGGCAAAUGUAAAGUAAAGUAUACGAUACCUACAAAGUUAAAAAAGGAGUUUUCCUAAACUAAGGUUGCCUGUAAGAGAUCGCCACGAUCUCUUCCAUGGCGCCUUAUUUAUCCUACUUCUUUUUUUCUUAUUUUUCCGUUAUAUUGUUUCUUUCCUUGUUUUGAGGUGUAAAUAAAAUUAAAACAUACACGUUUAUAAUGCCAUUUUAUAGAAUAAUUAUUAAUGAUACCCAUUAUUUAACAAUAGAUUAAAAAUUGACUUUGAGGUAACAUUUUUUAUCAAAUAAAAUACCUACAUAAUUCUAGGCAAAUUAUUUUUCAAUUUUAGUUGGAGGUUUCAUAUGUCCUCGAGAAGACGCGGCUCUAGGACGAUGUCUACGGGACGCCCUGAACGCCUACAUGCCACAAUUAGCAACAGGCUUACCAGAAUACGAUAUACCGCCGUGCGAACCUCUGCUCGUUCCAUCGCUGGCGGUGCAAAAGACAGCUGGGCCUGUAUCGAUCACAUCUUCCUUCAGUGACGUCACCGUGCGAGGCCCAUCACAUAUGAAAGUGAAGCAUGUUGAUGUGGUGUCGAAGAAUCAUUCAUUAGUUGCUACACUCCAUAUACCCGAGUUGAGGGUGAAGGGUGACUACAGUCUAAAGGGACAACUGUUAAUGCUACCCAUUGAAGGAAGUGGAAAAUUCUCUGCUAAAUAUGGUGACAUCGACGCAAUAGUGACAAUAGUUCUGGGCCGCACACCUAGGGACAACGCCGCUGAUGCUCUGGCCUGCCAAAGUCUAGAUGUCAAAUUCCACAUAGGAACAGCUACGAUGGAACUGAACAACCUAUUUGGAGGAGAUGAUGAUUUAGGAAAUGCUAUGAAUAAAUUCCUAAAUGAAAACUGGGAGAAUCUCGUAUCGGAACUCCAAACACCAAUGGAGGAAGCUUUGAGAGAUUUCUUGAAACCGUUAGCAGAUCAUGCAUUCGGAACAUUGGACGCAGACGAUAUAUUGUCUAAGUAGUGUUAAAUUAAGUAGUGAAAUUAAUUUUAAGAUAGAUCUCAACCAUAUUACUAUAAAUGUAUCUUGGUCUGUAAUAAUAAAUGAUUUAUUUAAAAGUUUUCGUUUUGCUGUAAAUAAAUGUAAUAUUUAAAUA